CAGGGUGAUGGUGGUGCCAUAUGAAGGCCAGGGCUACUCCUCCCUGCGUAGGGAGUGCCAGCAGCGUCGGGUCCUGUUUGAAGACUCUUUGUUUCCAGCUACGGACCAGUCUCUGUUCUACAAGACCAACAGCAUAGGAACCAUCACCUGGAAGAGACCUAAGGUACCAUAAGGUACCACACACUGACGGGAGGUGUGUGUGUGUGGGGGAAUAGGAGCGUUAAAGGGCAAUUCCGCCACUCUUCAACCUCAUAUUCAUCAUCAGCACCAAACCAGUGUCCACAUAUGUGUAAACAGUGCGUUUCUAUGAUCUGUGGUUAAAAAGAUAAGAAAAGUCCCCCCCCAAAAAAAAUCUGACACCACAGGGUAGGAUUUAAAGUCAAAACUUGCAAUGACUUUCUAGCCAGAGGGAGGGUGUUUUCUUGCUCCCCACAUCACCGUGAAUCUCAGUGUUUGAAAAUCACAGUUUUUAAGAGUCCAUGUUAUCGCAGAAACAGACUUAACAGCACGAUUGCCCGGCCGUCCCAUCUUCAGUGAGCUGUUCAUUAUUUUAUUUUUACGGAUAUGAGGGUUAUUUUAUUUUCAUGAUGGUCUUUAUCCAUAACCGUCAGUUAUACGGUAAUUGUGCCAGCUCUAGAGUUAAGGUGUUUGAAUAAGCAUCCGACAGAGUUUGUUUAUCUCACGGCUUUUCAGCCAGAGAGGUGGUGGGGGAAGAAAUUGAAGAAAUGUCAGGGAAUGAAUAGAGGAUUGAAUGGAAGAAAUGUUCUGCUCUAUGAACCCUUUGAACGGUGUGUGUGUACAUUUCCCCAACCUUUGCGCCGUGACCAACCAAACAGGAGUGGUAGUAGUUAAUAUCAGAUGACAAGUGACCAGUAGGUUAUCACUGCUGAUAGAUGUAAACACUAUUGCAACACGCACGCACGCACGCACGCACGCACACACACACACACACACACCCCGGUUGCGCAGCACUGAGCUGUAUCAGGAGCUAACGCAGCGUUGACUGUCUGAACACAGGAGACUGAACACUGACAGCUUCCAGGUCCUCAGAGAGAGAGGGGGGAGAGAGUGAGAACACAAAUGAAUGAAGAGGGAGUUAGAGAGAGGUAUGGGUAGAGAUGGAGAAAUAAAGAGAGAUAUGUAGAGAGAGAAGGUAUAUGAGGUGUAGAGUAGACAUUCCGUCCAGAGGGAGAGUGAUCAUGACAGUCAGGUAAAACAAACAGCAACACUCUGGUGACUACCUACAGUACCUACCGUCUGUCUGUCUGUUCACAACCGUGUGUGUGUGCCUAGUGUUCAGAUAUGAAUCUGUUACAGUACAUGCCGCUCCCAUGAUAUGUUCUACUUUUUUAUACUCCGUAUAAUUGUCCAGGUAAGGGAGGGUGUAACAGCAGGACUGGUUGGACCAGUAAAUAAAGCUGUAUUGUAAAGGUAUUACUCAUAGAUAAUAUAUCUAUUGUAAUCCUGUUUUUAUCCAGCCUUGCUCCAACACAGAAGCUGUUCAAGCCCAAGGCAAAAGGUUACUUCUCACCCAGUGAGAUUCCUCAGGAGGGCUCCCUGGCUCAGAGAAAGAGCGGGUAGGGUGUGGUGGUGUGUGUGUGUGUGUGUGUGUGUGUUAAGAGCAGCGAACCAUGGAACGGGUUGAGAAAAUGAUCCACCCUACAGUGUGUUAGACUUACUGAUCUUCUUUGGGAGUGUACCAGAGGUUCUCAUCCCCAAUGUCUUUCACAAGACCUCUGAUCCCCCUGUUAUCCUCUAGUUAUAGUAGUGUCUAGUACAGUCCCAAGGAGUAGUUUAGUGUUGUCAGGCCUGCUUCUCCUCUUCCUCCUCCUCCGUUCCUGUUCCAGGGCCUACAUCACCACAACAGCCUGGUACUGUCCUACUAGGGCUGGGCAGUGUACUGUAUUUUACGAUUUACCUCGGACCGGUUUGGGUUUUUACUUUACCUUCUAUAAUGGUAUUUGAAUGUUUGGUUUGCUAAAUGUGAUACGCCAUGUGUAACGUCCAUUUAUAUAGUUUACUUCGCUACUUGAGUCAUCUCUCUCCGCUCUCUCUCUCCAAGCCGCUUUCCACACAGACCUAGCCCCGCCCUCUGUCACUCGCGGAGCGCAUUUCUCGUUCCUCAACCACGAGACACUUGCGUUCAGUCUGCAUGGUCAAUGCAGCACGUGCAACAAUGUUGAUGACAACGAUGCUGUUUUCACUUUGCUUCUUAUUAUAAAUCCACUAGCGUUCUAGAAUUACACUAUUAGUUUGUGCUUCUUACAACAGCUAGUUUGUAUUUUCUUAGCAAGUUGGGCCCAAAUCUUGUUAGCAGCUAAUGCUAAUCGCUAGCUAGCUAAUAAAUGUAUUGAUUCAGAGCAAACGUAAUUAGCCAUACAGCCUGAUAAUACCAGUGAUGGUGUAGACCUUAUCAGCAUGUGCAACAGUAUCUUCUAAAUCAAAGAGGAAUAUGCGAAGCAAGAAUGUUAGCUACAUGAACUAGCUAAGAGAACAUUCAAUGUAGCCAAGGAUUAUAGGGUCCCCUCGGAAACACUUAUCAACACUUUGGUUCCUACCCUGUCACAAUAACGCCUCCCUGGCAUUUUCAUUCAUUGUCAUGCGAAACAACACUGUAUUCAAAGUGCCCACUAUUAUGUUCUAACUAUAGAAUUAAUCAUUAUUUCCAUGAUUCCAACAGUUCACCCAAGUGUUUUGCUAUAAAUCGCAAGUCAAAUCACAAUUGCAACAUUCGGUUAAAAGGAAGGCCUAGAUUGUUUGCUUAUAUUGUGCAGCCCUACAUGGCAGUAUGGAAAUGAUCUCAAAUGAGUGCAGGAAAUACAGAAAUUGAUGAAAAUGCUGAAAUAUAUUUUUGGUUGAAUUGGACAGUAUAAAACAAUCAGAAUGGAGAAAGACCUAUUGAAAUCACUUACAAUGUAUGUGUUGCCACCCUAGGGUCACGCACUACUCAUAAAGCAUAUGUAUAACUUUUAUUAUUCAAAAACAUAAAAUACCGUCAAAUUUGAAAUUAUAUUUUGGCCAUAUCACUCAGCCCUAUGUCCUACAACACCCUGCCUAGAGAUGCUACUCUCUGCUGGGGCUGAGGGAUUGAGCAGGGAGGGGUGGAGAAGGGAGUUAACAAUCUGUGGUUCUAGAGGUCCCAAGUGGAACCUAUAUUCCCUGCACAGUGCACUACUUCUGACCAGAGCGCUUUGGGCCUUGGUCAUAAGUAGUGCACAAUAUAGGGAAUAGGGUGCAAGUUGGGAUGCAUCCAGACUGUUGGGAAACCCUCCCUCCACCCCAGCCUGCCAUUAGUGGUCAGCUCAGAGCACAGCACAGCCACACAACAGUCUCUGAGUGCCAUUAAUUAACAUGAGAUCACAAGGAUAGAGUGAUGGAUGGAGGAAGAGAGAGAACUUUAUCACUAAUGAUUCUCUUGGCUUCUACUCAGAAGCAUCUCAGAAACAAGUUCUUCUUCUUCUUCGUCUUCUAAAGGGGGGUUAGCCUAAUAUUCUGUGUCUUUUCUCUUGCUUUGCACCCCCCUCUGUCUCUUUCCCACCCUCCCCUCUGUGUGUUAACCUCAUGUUGUUAAGAGACGUUACUUAGUAUUGUAAAUCUAGCUUUAACCCCAUGUUGUCUCUCCUUCUCUAUAGGAGCUGUGUGAUAACCCCAAGUUGUUUGUGAAUGGUAUCAGUGCUCAUGACCUCCUCCAGGGCCAGCUGGGGAACUGUUGGUUCGUAGCUGCCUGCUCCUCCCUGGCAUCCAGAGAAACUCUGUGGCAAAAGGUAAGACUCCCUGGCCAUGUGCGUGCGUGCUGUGCGUGUGUUUGCCUUGGGUGUGUGACGUGCAGUAGGAGAAUAUGAUUAGAGACCUGAUCGAGAAGGAUUUACAGUUGUCCCCACCACAAAAACACAAGCAUGGACACACACACACACACACACACGGAAUGACUUGGAAUUUAUUAUCGUUUCCGGCUCCUAUUUGGAGGAGUGGCUUGUGUUUGUGCAUGCGUGUGUGUGGUGGUGUGGCCCUUCUAAGAUGUCAGUGUGUUUUUUUUCCACUGAGUUCACAGUGAAUCAUUAGCAUUAAUCCCACUGGUCUCAACUUUUUGUGUUCAACUUUCCACCACUUCAGAGAGGCUCUGCCUAGCGCCUUACCCCUAGCCUGAAGGACGUCACUGUGUUGCUAACAGGUUCACCUCCUCCAUUGUCCCUGUCCGUACAAUGGCUCAAAAUAGUAGUCCUUUGCUUCACAAGCACACGUGACUGCCCUGCAUGACAAUGACUUAACAAUUGCACCACUGAAAAGGUACCAAUUGGGCAGCGCAAUUGGCGAUAUUUCAAGUUGUGGAGUGAUCUUACUGGCAUGAUCUAACUCCGUACCCCUAUAUCACUAAAUCAUCACAUUACAGAGAGGACUCUGAUCUUUCAUCUGAAACAACUGAGCAGGUUUAUUAUGUUCCUCCAUUUCCUGAACAACAGAGGGUCUGUCACUGAGGAAACAGCUGCUGUUGGGUUGGAGAGCUUAUUUCACCCAAGAGACAGACCUGGCAGGAGAGAGCUAAACAGACCGGGCCGAUGAAGAGUUCUAAGCAUUUUCUGUUCAUUUCCCGGAUGAUUCUACAUGUUGAAGUGCCACCCAGAAGGUGAUCUACUGCACACAACCAAUGUUCAUUAUGGUGUGUCUUCCUCUUAACACAGGCUCUCUGGAUAAAGCUCUCUCCCCUCGAGCUGGGACUGUUGACCAACCUAGUGUCCGGUACAAGACUGUGUUAGUCCGCUGAGCUAAAGCCUCAGGCAAGGUUACAUGUCUUCACUAAACUACCUCUGUUGCACCUGCACCAUCAUGACUGUUAUUAUUAGCUCCCAGGGAAUAAAAUAUUGUUGUUAUGAGUAGUAGUGGUGUGUGUGUGUGUGUGUGUGUGUUUGGAUUAAUUAAUGGUUGUUUAGUCCCGGUGUUUAACGACAUGUUCUAUUUUUUACAUUUUUGUCAUUUUAGCAGACACUCUUAUCCAGAGCGACUUACAGUUAGUGAGCGCAUACAUUAUUUAUUUAUUUAUUUUUCAUACUGGCCUCCCGUGGGAAUCGAACCCACAACCCUGGUGUUGCAAACGCCAUGCUCUACCAACUGAGCUACAUCCCUGCCGGCCAUUCCCUCCCCUACCCUGGACGACGCUGGGCCAAUUGUGCCAGGAUCUCUAGUGGCACAGUUAGCACUGCGAUGCAGUGCCUUAGACUCCCGAGUGGCGCAGUGGUCUAUCAAGAGUCGGUAACAAUGUGUUCUAGAAGCAGCUCGUUAACACAGAGACAGUAGAAUUAAUUGCACCAGACUGUACCUUCCUACUGUCCCCUCUACCCCAACAACACACACACACACCCUGUUGUUAAUCCAGUGGGAGGGUGUUGCUAUACUGUAUAGGCUCCGGAUCACUCUCAUUAACGCACUCUCUUUCUCUCUUUCAAUCUCGCUCUCUUUUUCUGUCUCUCUCUCUCAAAAGUGUUACAUUUGCCUUCUGGUAUGUAGUCUACCAUUUGUCCAGUCUGUGUGUGUGUGAGAGAGUGUGUAUUGAUUGUCCUAUGAAUUAACAGCAACCGUUGCUACUGUAGCCUGAGGCUAAGCCAUCUCUAUCCUGUCCCCUGUCCUGACUAUUAACACACACACAGCAGGACAGAGUACCAACCAACAGAUCUUUAUUGGACAGUAGUAGAGGACAUGGCCAGUUUUACAGUAUAUAGUUGUGAUAGUUCAUGCAAAGGGUAUAUGGUAACCACUACAUCAGUACAGUGUAAUAGGAGAGUAAUACAGUGUAGAUUAGAGUCAAAGUACAGUAGGUAGUUGGAGUUACAUUGCAGCAUUGGUUCUCUAAUAUAUUAUAUUCUCUAAUAUUCAGAACGAGCUAUUCAUUCAAAUCAUUCAGGUUUUCAAUGUAAAUCUACAGGUAACUGCCAAAAUAAAAGAAACACUUCAGUAAAUGAGGGAUACAAAGUAUAUUGAAAGCAGCUGCUUCCACACAGGUGUGGUUCCUGAGUUAACGAACAUCCCAUCAUACUUAGUCAUGUAUAAAUUCUGAAUUCUGGAGUGGCAGAAACAGCAUUUUCAACCACCAUCAACAAAACACCAAAUGAUGGAAUUUCUUGUUGAAGAAUGGUGUCGCAUCACUCCAAUAGAGUUCCAGACACUAGUAGAAUUUAUGCCAAAGUGUAUUGAAGCUGUUCUGGCUCGUGGUGGCCCAACGCCCUAUUAAGACACUUUAUGUUGGUGUUUCUUUUAUUUUGGCAGUUAACUGUAUCUAUAGGAUUAUAAACUCCUAAGUUAGUGAUUCUGCAACCUACUGUACCUUUAUCAUAAGAUGGUUUCUAGUGGCUUGCUGACUGACAUGCAUAGAUAGAUAGAUGCUCAGGAAGGAAGUACACACACGCGCACACAUAGAUGAGAGAUGGGACUCGGUGGGUGUGUGUGGGCGGGGGGCAUAGAGAGCGAGAGGGAGAGGAGUGUAGACUGGUCCAACCUAGAAUGGCUGUAGUAGAAGGCUUUCCCUUAGAAUGGAGAGCAGGAGACUAGAGGGAAGAGGAAUCAGUUAAAGGGAUACUUCGGGAUUUUGGCAAUGAGGCCCUUUAUCCCUUUCCCCAGAGUCAGAUGAAAGUGUGGAUACCAUUUUUAUGUCUGUGUUAGAUGUAGUUUCACGAGCCAGUGCUAACUAACGUUAGUGCAAUGGCUGGAAAUCUAUGGGUAUCUGCUAGCAUGCUUUUCAAUGCUAGCAGAUACCAAUAGACUUCCAGUCAUUGCCCUAAUGCUAGUUAGCAUUGGCUCGCAAAACUACCUCUAUCUUCCUUCAUACUCGACACAGAGAAGUACACACUUCUGUGUCCAGAGGGCCUCAUUGCCAAAAUCCAAAAAGUAUCCCUUUAAGGUUUGUAGGUCAGGCCUGAUUGAACUCCACGGAGAUGCUGACCUUGUCAGCCUCCGCCCCCUCCUUGAAGGCAAACAGGAAGUACAUGACCUUGCGGACCUUGGCCAGCUCCGCGAUUCGCUCCCCGAACUCCUGGAUGUCUGCCUCCAGACACUUGAGGGGCGUGUCCUCCGAGUCGCCUGCGUUCCGCCAGAAUGUUCCGACGGGGUCUAGAAGCUGCCGGGUCAUCAGGUGUGUGAGAUCAGGGGUCCAGAGCUGGGAGAUCCCCGUGACGGUCACUCUGCCAUGGCCAAUCAGAGACACCGACCAGUGGACGAACGUCAGCUUCUGAUUGGAGAAGUCCAGACGGUAAACUGCCUCGUGGGGGAGGAGCAACCGCUCCCCCUCCUGUCGCUUCUGACCGCUCCGCUGCAGGGACUGGACACGCAGCCGCAUCACCUAGCGACAAUAAUAACUAUAUUAAUAAUGUAAUAAUACUAUAAUAUAACUAGACUUUUGACCACUCCACUGCUCCGCUGCAGAGACUGGACACACAGACGAAUCACAUUGUAGAAUAAUAAUAAUAAUACUUUUUAUAAUAGUAUAACUACAAUAUGCUGGAUGUACUGGAUUCUCAGACGCAGGUACCAUUCAAUCGACUCCUGAAAACUGUCCAUGCGUUUGUCGGUAAAUAGGCUACUUUUUUUCAGAUAAGCACAUAUUUAAGACAGUACCAAACUACUACACAUAGCAGAAGAUGAUUUUUGAAUUUUGUAUGUCUACUAGAAAAUACUUUUGCCUAAAGUGACUUACAGUAAACACAUUACUCAGUAUAUCUGACCCAUGCAAGAAUCAAACUCACAACCAACUGUGAACCAUUGCUUGUGCUAUUUCAAUCACCAACCACAUAUCAACCAUCUUAACCACAUCUCAACCUCAUCUCAACCAUGUGAACAGUCUUACCUCAGUGAGAGAGGUGUCCUCUGCAAAGCGUAGCUCCAGGGCUGAGCCAGACGAGGCUGCCGAGUCUGUGUCCGUCUGAGAGCUCAUCUUUCUGUGCUGGGAGGGAGCGAGGCCUGUCUGUCUGUCUGGAUGGAUAUCUGUGUCUCUGUGUGUCUGUGCCUGCAGAUAGUUUCACUGUGUUCCUCUGUCUCUGUCUCUUAUGCCAUCUCUUUUCCCUCCCCCUCCCUUUCCCAGAGGGUAGUAUGGUUGGGUUGGUUCUCUGGUUGGGACUAUUGAUUGUGUGGCAUGUACAGUGAGGGAGGGAGGGAUGGAGAACCAUAAGUUAGGAGGGGGUGUGUGGUGGUGCUAGGCAACAGGAAGUGAUGACAUCAGAAGAGGAACCAGGGAUUUUCCUGAGGGCUUCUGGGAGCUGGUUGGUCAUAGCUGGAUGGGCUGGUUAUUAAUAUACACACUGGGCUGGCUGUGUGUGUGUGUGUAAGUGUGUUUUUUUUAUCUGUGUGGGUAUGCGCCUAUGUCUGUUUGUGGUGUGUACAUGGUUGUAUGUAUUAUUUUGCUUUUGUUGUUAUGAUGCACUAGAUGGUUGCUUGUUUUGGCUCCUGUUUUAGUUAGCUGUGAUGUGUUCUUUUAAAUAGAUCUUUUUAGAUUUUUAUUGAGCAGAUAGUGAGAGAGACUGGCAGUGGGCAAAGUUGGAGCGAGAUUGUAUCAAAGGGCAGUAGGCUGGAUUGGAACCCAUGCCGAUACUAAAGAAGUGUGCCGGACCGCUAGACCAGCCAGGGCAAACAACUGUGACGUGUUCUAAGCAUCUUCUCUCCCUCCCAGGUGAUUCCGGACCAUAAGGACCAGGAAUGGGAUGAGAACAAGCCGGAAUCUUACGCCGGAAUUUUCCACUUCCGCUUCUGGCGCUUUGGAGAAUGGGUGGAUGUUGUCAUCGACGACCGGUUGCCCACGUCGAAUGGCAACUUUGUGUAUUGUCACUCCAAUGACAGCAACGAGUUCUGGAGCGCCCUGGUGGAGAAGGCCUACGCCAAGUUAGUACACACACACACACACUGAUUUUGGUGGGGAAGGCCUACGCCAAGUUAGUACUAUAGAUAGACUGUUGUGUUUAUGUGUAGGAUGAAUUGCUUUUGCUGACUGUGUGUGUAUAGGAUGUAUGGGUGUUACGAGGCAUUGGACGGGGGCAACACAGCGGAUGCGUUGGUGGAUUUCACGGGUGGCGUCUCGGAGCCCUUGGACCUGCUGGAGCAAGGGUUGGGCACGGACGAGGAGAAACGCUCAGCGCUGUUCGACAGAGUCCUCAAGGUCCACAACAGAGGAGGCCUCAUCAGCGCCUCCAUAAGGGUAUAACACACACACACACACAGAUGCACGCGCGCGCGCGCACACACCUAUAGUCCUGACCCUUCACCACUACCUCCAGGCGGCCAGUUCAGCGGAGAUGGAGGCUCGUCUGGCCUGUGGUCUGGUGAAGGGUCACGCCUACGCUGUGACAGACGUUAGAAAGGUCCGGCUGGGCCACGGCCUCAUGGCUUACUUCAAGUCUGACAAACUCACAAUGAUACGACUCCGAAACCCCUGGGGAGAGAAAGAGUGGAACGGAGCCUGGAGCGACAGGUAGGUUUUAAUGUUUGUUAUUUACCUUUAGUUAUACAAGAAGUCCCAUUUAGGUCAGAAUACUUAUUUCACAAGGAAGACCUGGCCUGGUAGGAGGGGGGAGGAGGAGUGUGUAUGGCUGGGUAUGGCAGUCGUUAUACCCUAGCUAGCUCAACACCAACACAUUUUAAAUAGGCUACGAAAAUCAUUCAAAUCCAGAUUAAAAGGCAAAUGCAGUUUAGAGGCAUUACUUUAUGACCAUGCGGAUGCCUGGGAGCUGGAGGGAACGCUGUUUGUAUGGCUGGCUGGCUUGAUUGAGAACAGAGAUCUGUAUAUAAUGACUAGAUGCUCAUGUAUAAGCCCUAAUAAUGGGAUUCGUUGUCCCAAAGGCGGGAAGGCAGGUGACCAAGCUUAUGGCCAAAAUAAACCUAUUGAAACGCAUUGGCCUUAUAUUGGACAGGUUUUUGUGAGAGUGAAACCUCUCGCUUCGCCUCUUCCUCUCUGUGGAAAGCACAUCGACGCAGUUGCAGGGAACAGGGUGACUUUUUUUCAACACAUUGCAGAACUAAAGAUGGCUGUAGUAGAUUGCUUUGGCUAGGUAGGGAUGUAGCUCAGUUGGUAGAGUAUGGCGUUUGCAAUGCCAGGGUUGUGGGUUCGAUUCCCAUGGGGGGUAUGAAAAAUCAAAACUAUUAUGUAUGCACUCACUAACUGUAAGUCGCUCUGGAUAAGAGCGUAUGCUAAAUGACUAAAAUGUAAAUGUAACUGCUGUUUGACUUAACAUGAAACUGAACUAGAGUUUUAAUCCUGGUGCUGAGUUAGUGCGUAGCAGGCAGGUGAGUUUUUAAAUUGUGUAGAAAUGCAGUAAAUGAGCCUCUAUAUAUAUGUUGUUUUAUUUUUUUAAAAUUAUGUAUACUUGGAUGAACCCAUGCCCCUCUGUGUGUGUGUGUGUGUGUGUAAGUAUGUAUGUGUAUAUAGACCUGUUCCUGACUCACUGCUCCCUCUGCUAGUGGAGAGAGGUAGUGUAGGCCAACAGGGAAACAUAUUUAGCACAGAUAGAUGGUUCAUUCCUGUUAGAAUGUUUGUUUAAUUUAUAUCCUGUAUCAUAGGAAAAUUCCAAAAAGGAUCUCGGCACAAAGGUCUGGGGGAAACUGUCCAUGUGAGCCACUGUUGGUGUCCAUGUCUCAGAACCUUGAGUCCCCUACUCUCAGUUCUGUUCUGUUAGCAUUCUUUCACUCUACACACCACACCUUCAGACAAACACUGCACGAUAGAGAACUUCUCUGCAACAACUUCUCUCCUCUCUCUCAGCUCAGAGGAGUGGGGGAAGGUGAGUAAGAGUGAAAGAGAGAAGAUCGGAGUGACGGUGCAGGACGAUGGAGAAUUUUGGUGAGUUCUAACCCUUGACCUAUGACCUCUACCCAUGAACCCUAACAUUUCCUCCACACGGCUGAGAAAAUGGAUGGCCAUAGGAUGAAGCUUGAUGACUUUCCAUUUUCCUGCCCCCCCCCCCCCCUCCCCCCACCCCAGGAUGACAUUUGAUGACUUCUGUCAGUACUUCAGUGAUUUGAUCAUGUGUCGUCUGAUCAACACUUCCUACCUGUCUCUCCACAAGACCUGGGAGGAGAGCUCUCUAAAGGGCGCCUGGCAGAACCAUGACAACCCGCUCCGCAACCGCGCCGGGGGCUGCACCAACAACAAACACACCUUCCUACAGAACCCACAGGUAGGGGUAGGGAUUGGGGGGGGGGGGGGGUGUUUAUCUAUGUGUGUAUUAAUGUAUAGGACGGGUGUGUGUGUGUGUGUAUUAAUGUGUGUGUAUCUCUCCCUGUAGUAUGUGUUCAAUGUGAAGAAGCCAGAGGAUGAGGUGCUGGUAUGUCUACAGCAGACAGACAGGAGAGCCAGACCUAAAGAGGGAAAGGGAGAGAACCUGGCUAUAGGCUUCGAGAUACACCGGGUGAGAAGUGUGUGUGCGUGUUUAUCACCUCACGGUGUGUGUGUGUGUGUGUGUGUAUGGAAGUGUUAAUUAAAAUGAAUGUGUGUGUGUGUAGGUUGAGUUGAACAGGCAGUACCGUAUGCACACUCGGCAGCAGAAGGUGUGUGGGAGUGUGUACAUCAACUCCAGGUGUGUGUUCCUACGCUGUGCCCUGAAGGAGGGUCGUUAUGUUAUCAUACCCACGACCUUUGACCCCGCUCUAGAAGGAGACCUCCUGUUACGCAUCUUCACCGACAUCCCCGCUGACUGCAGGUACAUACAUGCACACUCACUCACUCACUCACUCACUCACUCACUCACUCACUCACUCACUCACUCACUCACUCACUCUCCUCAUUCUCUCUCUCUCACCUCCCCCCAUAGAGAGUUAACCCUAGAUGAGCCAGCCCAGACGUGUUGGUCAGGACUGUGUGGUUUCCCUUCCCUGGUCACUCAGAUUCAUGUCCACAGAGCAGAUGGACUGGCUGGACAAGACUCUGAUGGAGGUAUACAAACCUUCUCUCCCUUCUCCGUCCGUUCCUUUUUCUUCUCUGUUCUGGUCCUUUUCUUGUCUUCUUCUCCUCUUGACAGUCUGUAUGUGUGUGUUGCAGCUUCAGACCCAUAUGUGAUCAUUCGUUGUGAGGGGGAGAAGGUUCGUUCUCCGGUCUAUAAAGACACUCGCAGCCCAACCUUCGACACGAAGGCUCUAUUCUACAGGAAGAAAACUAACCAGCCUAUACUGAUAGAGGUGAGGAGACUGCUGGGGGGUGGGGUCCGUGUGCGUGCUUGUGUGCAUGUGGGUUAAAGUGGAGUUAAAGUAGCGUGAACAUCACAAUUAGUGUUGUUUCUAUAAGUAACCGUUCUCUCAAUUCAAUUCAAUACAACUUUAUUCAUCCUCCAGGUGUAUAACCACAACGUGUUGAUGGAUUCCUUCCUGGGUCAGGUCAGUUUGACCUCUGACCCCGGCGACCCCCAGCAGGUUACCGUCCACCUGAGGGACAAGGGUAAUCACCAAGACAACGACCUCCCGGGCACGCUCACCAUCUCCAUGGUGACCAGCAACAUUCUCACUAACAUCUGACUAACCGUCAAUCAACCAAUCUAUCAAUCAGUGCCUUACUCUCUCCGUCCCAUAGGAGAGAAGAGCCAAACA